UUGCUGCUCUCAUUACUAGCCACAUGGGAAGGUAAUUAGAAGAGUAAGUCACCCUCGGUGCAGGCGGGGGCAAUUAAUUUCCAGACGCAAAGCUGAAGCGCUCUUUAGAUGAAGCAAGGGAAUGGAUUAAUUGUGUCACAGUUACUGCCUCUGGUGACAGUCAGCAAGAGGAGCUGACCUCAGGAUUUCUGUCCCCUUCAUCCAGUAAAAGGAAUGGUCACUAAGACUCACAAAGGAGACCUGGGCCUUGGGCUCCCAGAGAAAAAGAAAAAGAAGAAGAAAAAGAAGGUAGUUAAAGAACCAGAGACUCAAUACUCGGUUUUAAACAGUGACAGUUAUUUUGCGGAGGUUCGUCCCACAAGAACCACAUCACCCUCGAAGAAUAUGGUCCAAGAGCAGGCACCUGAAAUGCCUCUAAUGAAGCAAAAGAAGAAAAAGAAGGGUCACAGCACCGUCUGUGAGGAGCCCCUAGACCCUGAGACCAUGUUACGUGCCAGACGGAUUGAGCCAUUGCCCAGCCCCAGGAAGCAGGCACUUGGUCCAUCUGAGUCCCUCGGCAGGGAAAAGAAGAAGAAGAGAAAGUCCGUGUCCCCUGGCUCAAGGGUGAAGACCUCCCCAGACCCCAGGCAGGGCGAGGAGGUGACCAGAGUUGGCAAGAAGCUCAAAAAACACAAGAAGGAGAAGAAGGUGCAGGAAGCUACAGCCUUCUCAGCCAGGGACUCUUGGUUCUGUGAGACCAGGGAUGCUUUGUACACUUGCUCAGUUGGGAAGGGUGGCGUCCCUGAGCAGGCAGCCUUGGGACAGAAACGGAAGCAGGGGAGCCCCAGGGAACACAACAUGAAGAUGAAGAAGAAAAAGAAAAUCCACCAGGAGGGAGAUAUCCCCCUGGGGCACCCUGAGCUCUCCAGGUCUGUGGAGAGCAGCCGUAGGAAAGGAAGUAAAAAGAAGUCAGUCAAAGUUGAAGCUCCAGAAUACAUCCCAAUAGGAGAUGACCCCAAGGCUCCUGUGAAGAAGAAAAUGAAGUCCAAGAAAAAGGCAGAGCAGGCAGACACUGAGGAGCCAGCUCUGAAGAGGAAGAAGAAGAGGCAGGAGAGCAGAGUAGCAGGAGAACCUUGGGAGGAGGAGCCCGACACGGACUUGGAGGUAGUGUUGGAAAAGAAGGGCAACAUGGACGAGGCACACAUAGACCAGGUGGCUGUGAAGACCAAACGAGGCCGUUUGGAAGGCGCUCAGCAGGGGCCCGCCCGAGACCUGUGCUUUGUAAGUGGCAGCCGUUCACCUGCCUGCAUCCUCACGCUGUGUCAGCAAGUGCUUGCUGGACAGAAGCAACAGGGUGUGAUGUGGGGACGGCCCGUGUCGUGGCCCUGCUGCUCCAGGAGAGAGAAAUGGAGGAGUGCUUGCAAGGAGGGGGGCCUACAAGAUGCUGCGAGGAAGUUCCUAACGCCUUUGGGGGACCAGUUUCGCGACAGGGAGCAGCAGGUGAGGCUUCACUGGCCCGCUGCUCGCCUCCUGCGGACCGGACCGGGUGUUGGGGACCCCGCUACCACCUAA